AUGCUGUUUCAGAUCACCAUCAGGACCUUGGUGAAUGUACUCCUCUUGGUGUUUUAUAUCUGCAUGGUGUCCAUCAGCCCCAAGUUCAGCUCCUUGGAUCUGAUUUUCUGCCACCUGAUCUUGGCCAACACCAUGAUUCUUCUCACCCUCGGAAUCCCGGAGACCCUGUCAGCCUGGGGAUGGAGAAAUUUCCUGAGUGACGUCGGAUGUAAAUUCCUCAUGUAUAGUCCUCGAGUGGGCCGGGGGCUGCCCAUCUGCACCACCUGCCUUCUGAGUAUCUUUCAGGCCGUCACCAUCAGCCCUGGGAAACCCCGGUUGUCCCGGAUCAAAGCCAGGUUACCCAGGUGUGUAGUCUUCUCCUCCCUCCUGUCAUGGGGCCUCAUUCCGCUUGUAGAUUUAAGUAUGUCAAUGCACAUGACAGGCCCCAGGAACAGCAGCAGUGUUAAACUCGUGCUGGACCUCAAAUAUUGCGUAAAGGUCAGUGUCAGCGCGAAAACCAUCUUGCUCAUCACCAUCGUGUUCUCCCUCUGCGACUUGAUCUUCGUGGGGCUUAUGAGAGCGGCCAGCGGCUACUUGGUGUUCACCGUGUACAGACACCACCGGCGUCCUCCUCUAUGGGGGGCAGUCCAUCAUGCUGAGUAUUAUGCAGAACGAGCAGAGGAUGAGUGCAAUCCGGAAAAAGGAAUCACCUGA